UGUCUCUGACUCGAGAAUGGUAUGAAGAACGAUGUUCCCAUCUAUAGUAGUGGUUGUUAUGUUUCUUUAAAGAAUAGAGUAAGAUGGCGAGAUAUUUGAAGCGAACGUCAAAAUUGUUUGAUAUUUCGUUGAUACCAUCGUCGGUGGACAUUAGUAUAAGAGAUCUAAUGUGCCCGGUAUGCCGUAGCAUCCUGAUCGAGCCAGUAACAUUGCCGUGCACGCACAAUCUCUGUUUGAAAUGUUUAAAAGGUACUUUCGAGCACAAUAGCUUAAGUUGUCCUCUCUGUAGAGUACGAGUCGGUUCUUGGCUCCGUAGAGCGACGAAGACUGAAACGUUAGUUAACAGCGAGCUCUGGCAUUUGAUCCGUACGAAAUUCGCCAAAGAAGUAGAGAGCAAAUACAACGGCGACGAGAGAAAUAUCGAUUUGGAUGCUGAUUUCGCGAGUACCAAUAAAGUGCUCAGUACGACCGGAGAAAUUAGACAGGAAUAUGAGGCACAACUUCAAAAGGCAAAGGAGGAAAUGCAGUGUCAAAGGAAAGCUGAAGAGAUAGCUAGCAAAGCUCUCAUCCAUAAGAUUCAAGAGGAGGAAAAGCAACAGCAAUUAGCUCAACUCACGCAAGAUCAAUUGCUCGCUAAAUCAUUAGUAAAGAAGCAGCUCGUCGACAAGCAUAAGACAACGUCUAAAUAUAAUAAUUCCCUUAAUGUAUCUAACAGUUCUAUCCGUGUUUCGAAAUUUAAUGUCGCUACUAUGACAGAAGUGAAUUCGUAUAAAGUAGAACCUCACAGUUCAAAAUAUAGAAAAACACCGCCUUCAGAGUCUCAAGACACAGCCGGACUGAGAUCGAACAUCACGUUAAUAUCCAAGAUCGCCUAUAAUCUGAACAAUACGAACUUGUCGAACGUUUACAAUAAUUCUAUAAGUAAAUUCUGUUGUCAAAAGUCGAUGCCUAUUUGCAACGCUAUCUCGAGGAGUUUGAAACAGAAGGUAACUACGAAAGUGAUAGAACCUUGUGUCGCGACGUGCUCCGUGGAGCCUAGAAUGUCCGCGUCUAAGAUAUACGGUAGUCAGAGCAAAGAGGAGUUGCGUGUUCCGAAUGACGUUGUAAAUAGUAAGAAGAAAAGUUUGGGAGUAGAAGUGUGUAUGUCGUCGGGCGACGAUGACGAGAGAACGGGUAGUGCCGAGAGCGCGGGAAGUCACGAUAGCAUCAAUCAAGAGAUUCAUCAUUUCAAACCUAUCAAGGCUAUGCCGAGGACGCCGUUAAAGAUAUCUUCUGAUGGGAAGCAGAUAGAUCCGAAAUUAAUUAGGGUCGUUCCUGUUUCGAAGAGGAUAUCUAACAUUGUGCCCAAACCUCCGUCGCAGACUCACUUGAAACGAAUUAUUGGAUGCUCCUGGAGUGCUUUCAGAGGCAGGGCCAGACAAAGUUAUAAAGAAAAAGAAGAGUGUAACGAAGAGAUCGAGCAGAUACCGUCGACGUCUUGCAGCCAGCUCCAGAUUGCGCGCAAGGCGACGAAAUAUCAAACUGUAGAUAACUCGAUUCAGAAAAAUUAUUUCCUUCCUGAAGUGUCGUUCGAUUCAAAUAAGAAUUAUACUAAAGAUGUGAAUCAGACGAUCAAUGGUAUUAGAGUUAAUAAGAAAUUAAUGUCGGAAGAGCAGAGAGACGGCAGAAAGGUACAAAAAUCUUGGAAGGCUCAUGUCGUUAAAAACGGUAUGGUGUGUAAACCUAAACGGCUGAGAACCGUGUGGGCUGUAGAGGGCGAGACUGCCGGGAAUGCGAAAUGUACGAGCGGCGUCGAAACGAAGAACUCUACUUCGUCCGUGUCUAUGAACAUGAGUUCGCUUUGCGACGAGGAGUCGGGAGUGGAAGAAGAGGACGACAUAACGAUUGAAAAUAUUGCGGAAAGAAUAAAGAAGAGGAAGGUGAACGCGGAUAAGGACAAGGAUUUUACGAGCGUGUCUCCUUUGAAUCCAGAGACGAUGGGAAGAGGAAACGCGAGGAAGAGAUUGUUCAGGAAAGCGAAGUUCGAAUAUAAGACGACAGCCGACGUUCCUGUUACAAUACAGAGAAGGACUAGAACUAAGUGUAACAGAACUGCCUUAUCGAAAUCGAAACAGCGAAGUCGAGUACGUCCAGCGGAAGAAACGAUUAAAAGAAGUUCCGAGAAGAACGACGCUUCUAUAGGAUACAAUUGUCAGGAUAACAAUUCUAGUUUAAGGAAAAUAACGCGCAAGUCGAGACACGCGAACAGUUCCAUGAACAGUGGGUCGGAUGUAAUGUAUAACGGUGCGGAGAGCAACAAUUACAAUUCGCCCGAGUCUUGCAGCGACGUGCAAGAGUGUUUAUCGGAAAACAACAAUACUACCGGGAACACGCUAUCUGACGAGGAGAUCAUUAAGGAGCAAGAACGAAUGGAGAGGUUGGUCAUACAGGAGAAAGAGGAUUUCGAGUUGGCGCGGAGGUUGCAAGCCAAGUUCGACGAGAUGCAGAGAAUAGCUGGUCGAACCAGGCGGUCUAGGAGAGCGAUCGAGAGCGAAAUGGUCGAGCUGGGCUCGUAUAAAAUCGACGUCGGUAGAAGUGUACAAAGAGCAAUGAAUUCGCAUACUGCCAAAUCAUCGAUUCUCAAUCAUACUAAGGCCAAGAGGCGCGGUAGACCUCCGAAGCAUGUAAAAUAGAAUCAUUUACCUGUACGCUGAUCUGCGAAACUGCGAACCUUCCAAAUGGACGUUCCUAUAAAUUAUGAAGAAAGGUUUGAAUUUCAUUUUAUACAAUACCGCACUAUCUUAAUCGAAUUAUUUGCGUGGCUUGACAUGCGUACCUGGAUGUAAUUAAUGUGACCGUGAAAAGGAAUAAGAGAUUUUUCAAUGCGCUUAAACAAAUGUUUUAUGAACGUCUUUAUUUACGUUCGAUGU